UGUGUCAAGACUCGGGAGCUUUUCACAAGAGCUUUUCGGAGAAAAUUCACAAAGCGAUUCGCCAUGACGUCGACUUUGCUGGUCGCAAUGUUUUGCGUCCUCGUGUUUCAAAGAGAAUCAUUAGCAGAAGAGAAUUUUGGGUAUUUGCAGAACGCUCAUCUCAGUGCUAGUGGAUAUAGUUGUACGAAAGAACCGCUUCCAGGAGAAUGCAGUUUUAAUCAUUCUGUUGCAAACACUGGUUCAACGCGAGUUGGAUCAAUCCUAAAAACCAUGUUUGAUAUCCUGAAUACCACAAUUAAAGGACAUUCGGCCAAUUUUUGCAUCGCCUCUAUCAAAAAAUUUUUUUGCAAAAGGAGCUUUCAGUUAAAUUGCACCGAUGAAUUCAUUUAUCAAGAUAUACAAGGCAUCAAAACGUCGUGUAAUACAGCCGAAAAGGAUUGCGAAGCAAUAAGUGAUGUCCAAGCGCAGAUUUUUAUUAGAUCAAUGAUCAAUUGCUCUGAAUCGAUUUUUCCUGUGCCUGCCUUUAAACGACCACGAUUGACUUGCGAGCGUUUUCCAGAAGUAAUACCUCAGGAUCCAUUACCGUGUGCAAAGCGAAACUACAAGGUGAUGGUGAGUAAUUUUACUGAACGAGCAAGAACUCAGGUCGCAUUUCAUGAAAGGCUCGUGAGGGUCUCUGAUAACAUCAGUGAAAAAUGUCUUAGUGAUGUGCGAGAAAUGAUAUGCAAGAUGGUUGUUCCUGCUUGCGACAGAAAUGAAACUGUUGCGGUCGUAUUUGUCAGCCGGCAGGAAUGCGAAAGAAUUAUAAGCUGUUUAAACACGACGGCAAACGUUACGCGGUUGAAGAAAGACAUUGGUGAAUGGUGCAGACAUUCUUCAGACGGAAACACAGCGAAGAGAAUACCACUCUCCUUGGUCUAUACCAAGUUUGAGGAUAAUACAACGAAAGAUACAACAACGCCUACAAAAGAAAGCCCGACUGGGAAAACCGGUAAUCAAACAGCAACGGAAAAACCGCCAUAUCACAACACAACUCGUUGCAUGUCAAGCGAGAAACAGCCAAGAGCACAAGGGAAUACAAACAAGGGAAAUACAACAUCUCCCUCGACUAAAACUUCAGUCUUCAAUGGAACAAUUGAGGAGAAAAACAAUACGACAAGCGACGAAGGCGUUCCGAACCCGAACAUGAACGAGACAACGCGGGAACUGGAAAGCAGCAAAAUGAAUAAAACAAUUUCAAAUGUACAAAAUAUCAAAGUAAACCCGACUCCCAGCUUCAAGCGUAAGAGCUCAAUAUGCGUAUUAAACCCAAACAAGACGACUGGGGGAAAUCAGGCAGCAAGCGUUGUACAAAAAGCGACUUCACGUGUUACGAAUGGAACAUCUCCGACGUUUCGUUUAACUAAUUUGAGUGUACCCAACGCUUCAUUCCAUCAGCCAAUCAAUGCCACAGAAAGACAAGUUCUUUCAACGGUGAGCAAUUCAAAAAAUGUGGAAAUUCAGGGCAUUCAUGGUAAUAACUCAGCGCCACUAUUAAACGCUGGAACAAAAGGACUUCCAGUAUCUUUGUUUAUCAGCAUUUUGACAGUUUACAUGUGGUAAUUAGUUCAUAUAAGUACUGAUUAGUUGGAAUAUCUGAGACUCCGUUUAAAAGUUUUUCAAAGAAAGACUACCUCAAAUUUGGCCAGUUUUAAAAACCGGUUCGCAUGAUAAAACAUUGUUCAAAAAAAUUGUCCAUUUUUGUCAUUUUCCAUAUUUGCAAGUAUGGCUAAAAAUUUAAAUUGCAGCCUUCUGCAGCGGAGUAAUUUUGUCGAAUUUCUAGGAAUUUAGAGCAAGCUUCUUUGGCUGUCGAAGUUACCAGAAUCCCUCCCCCAAAUGUCCGCCCCCCAUUAAUAUGGAAUUCUGCAGAAGCUGCAUGAAUUCACCUCUAAUUUACCGCUGGCCAUACGCACUGAAGCAAUCCAUAAGGCUAUUCAAUUAUUGUUAUUAUCUAUUCGAGUAUUAUUUUAAAUGUGAAUACAUUACAAAUUAAAUGCCUGGCUAAAUGCAAGUAUUUUAAAUAUUAAAUCGUUAAUAGGACAAUUAACGAGGAUAAACUCAAGAAUGAAUUUAAAAAAUAAAAUAAACUGUAUUAAUAGUUUAGAAUCGACUGUAUAUAUGUAGUUAGAAAUUACGUAAUUGGGGAAAAAAGCCUGGGACUAUCAGCAAAAUAGUUUUAGAAUGUCGAAGUCCGAUACUAAAGUUUUGGUAGCAACAUUUUCCGGUUGUAUAGAUUCUACCCUCGACAUACAUGAUCACAUGAAACUAAUAUUGCGAAAGAAACCCGACAAGUUAAUUUUACAUGUUGCAUGAGACCAAUUGCCUGAAACUGAGGAGUUAUUAUCCUAGUCCGCCAUUUUGGCCAGAGAGAUCGCAAAUAACAAGUAAUGCGGGUAACAGACUCAGGCGGUUAACGAGUAUUCCAUGCAGUCUUCGGCGAAACAAAGUCCGCCUUUAAGGCGGGCAAAACGAAGGUCUGUGUUCAGAUUAAUGCUAUUGAAGGUUGAACUAUUUACAUCGAAAUA